GGGGGAGAGUCUGCCGCGCGGGGACGCUCUCGCGGCGCCGCUCCGACCGGGAUUGCCCCGCCGCCCCGCCCUGGUGUGAUAACUUGGGCUCCUCCCCCUCGUCGUCCUCCUCCCCCUAGGGGUCAUAUCUCCGGGAACGGAGCGCAAGCCCUGCCUCCCGGACACACGACGCUCACGUAGUCCGGUGGUGGCAGCCUCUCCUGCCACCUCCCUGCAGACUCUCCGAUGCAGCGAACCAGCUGGGGAGGGGGCUUCCCCACGGUCCAAAAGGGUUCUAGCCUGUUCCUCUAACCCAAUGAUGGCUGUGGACAUAGAGUGCAGGUACAGCUGCAUGGCCCCUUCCUUGCGCAGAGAGAGGUUCGCCUUCAAGGCUUCGCCAAAGCCAAGCAAACCACUGAGGCCUUGCAUUCAGCUGAGCAGCAAGGAUGAAGCCGGCGGAAUGGUGGCCCCCACCGUGCAGGAGAAGAAGGUGAAAAAGCGGGUGUCCUUCGCAGACAACCAAGGGCUGGCCCUGACAAUGGUCAAAGUGUUCUCGGAAUUCGAUGACCCGUUAGAUAUUCCGUUUAACAUCACUGAGCUCCUAGACAACAUUGUGAGUCUGACGACAGCAGAGAGCGAGAGCUUUGUUCUGGAUUUUUCACAGCCUUCCGCAGAUUACUUAGACUUUAGAAAUCGGCUUCAGACCGACCACGUAUGCCUUGAAAACUGUGUGCUGAAAGACAGAGCGAUUGCUGGCACAGUGAAAGUGCAGAACCUGGCGUUUGAGAAGACGGUGAAAAUACGGAUGACAUUUGACACUUGGAAAAGCUUCACAGACUUUCCCUGUUGGUAUGUGAAGGACACUUACGCUGGUUCAGACAGGGACACGUUCUCCUUUGACAUUAGCUUACCUGAGAAAGUUCAGUCUUACGAGAGAAUAGAGUUUGCUGUGUGCUUUGAGUGCCGCGGACAGACUUACUGGGACAGCAACAAAGGCAAAAACUAUAGGAUCAUCCGGGCUGAACUGAAAUCCUCUCAGGGAACAGCCGAGCCACAGAACGGACCAGAUUUUGGAAUAUCCUUUGACCAGUUUGGAAGCCCUCGGUGUUCCUACGGUCUGUUUCCAGAGUGGCCUAGUUAUUUAGGAUACGAAAAGCUAGGGCCCUACUACUAGUGACUGUGCGUGACGGAGCGCGGCUGAGUGGGUCCUGGGAAGUCUAGCUGCAGUCACAGGCAGGCGGAGACGGAGCCAGAGAGCAGCUGAACUGCCAUUAGGCACAGUUUUUGAAAAUGAAAGGAUCCUACUCACUUUUUUCUGAAGCCAGCAAAACCCAGCCAGGGUUAGAUCUCACGACUGGUUUCGCACGCCAGGGUAGAUGCAGGGUGCUGGUCUGCUCGGCACCUGCGGCGGCCUCGGCCUCGAGGGUCGGAGCAGGAGACCAGUGUGGGAAGGGCCUGGGCGGGAACCAGCCUUUCGGGCAGUGCUGGAGAAGCUGGAGGGCAGUGGCUUCGAAAUGAUGCAACCAGGAGCGUGAUCCGGCUGCCUGGAGGGGCCGCGCCUCCCUCCCCGUGAUGUGGAAAAUCAGUCACCUGAAAGUCACUCCGUGCUCAGUCACCUCCCAUUGGACCCUUGCGGCUCAUCUUUGCGCGCUGUCUGCCCAGCCGGGUCGCCCCCCCACCCCCCACCCCUUGCUGCUGCUGUUCCGGGUCUCCAUGUA